UGCACCUUAGUGAUAUAAAUAUUUUGUUUUGCGAAAUUUGUAAACUAAACAGUGUAGAAAAUAAUCUAAAAACGUUUCGCUUGUACUGUCAAAAUCAAACACAGCGUUUUUCACAAUAGAUGUGCAUACGUUUAUUAGUUCAGUUAUGAUACAACAUUAUGGUGGAAUGCUUGGAUUACGUCUUUUGUUUUUGAUUUUUUAAGUAAUAUAUUCAUUGCGCGUUUAACUAAACAGAAUCAUGCAUAAUAUGUCAACAGUGAACUUGCAAUUAAAGAUCAUUACAUACGUUAAAGGAGGACAGAAAAAAGUCAUAUGAAGGAUUGAGGUUACAAGCAGUAAACAUAUAGACAGGGCUAUAUCAUGUAAAGAGAGAGGACAUAAACAUGUCACAUGAACAGGAUAAAACUUUAGCUGAUGGGGAAGACAGUUUCCUUCAAAUAACGAUGAAGGUGAAAGAGUUAAAUUUAAAAGUAAAUCUGACUUAUGGGGAAGAUCAGAUUCAAGAUAAUGGAAUGGACGGCAUGUUACAGUUAAUGUUUAUUUUCUGGGGAGUUAUUAUACCUAUUAUCGGAGUCAUUGGUCUUGUAGGGAACAUACUUACUGGAAUUAUUUUAUUCCGUCGAGAAAUGCGAUCUACGACGGUAUAUUUCUUGCGGACGUUAGUCAUCACAGAUACGGGAAUUAUAAUUGGUGCAAUAAUGGGAGUUUCUGUGAUCUCUAUAACUCAACUCAAUCAACAUGAAUGGUUGUUUAAUCACGUCAUUUACCCGCAUAUCUUCACUCCUACAAACUACUUUGUGAUGGCUCUACAAACAUUAAAUGUUUGGGCAACUGUAGCAGUGUCAGUUGAACGUUACAUAGCAAUCUGUUUUCCAUUUAAAUCUAUAAAUAUAUGUAACAAACGUAACGCAUAUAUCAUUAUUGGCGUUACAACUGUUUUUUCGACCGCUUAUAACAUUCCAAGAUGUUUUGCCACGGGAUAUACUGUAUGUGGAAAUAAUUGUUUUAUGAUUAUAACAACAGAAUUUGGUCAAUCAUAUUUUUAUACAGUAAUUUAUAGUGGAUGGCUAUAUACAAUUCUUAUAUAUGUAAUACCCCUUCUUAUUCUAGGAAUCUUAAAUGUUUUACUUAUUCUUGAAUUGAUGCGCAUGCGUCAAAGAAGAUGUUUGACGAACACAAAAGAAAACACAGAGUUUAAUAUGAGUAUAGUGCUUGUUAUAAUUGUAGUGGUGUUCAUUAUUUGUCAAACUCCUGGAUUAGUGGCACAAUUUCAUUUUCUAGAUACAGUGUUUUUAAUGAAAUGGACAUGUGUAAGUAACACAUUAUUUGUGUUAAAUUCGUCUUUAAAUUUUCUCAUCUACACAGCCGUGGGGAAAAAAUUUCGAACACUUCUUUUAAAAAUGGCUAAGAAUUGUUUAUGUAGAAAUUUAUACGUGAAUGUUUCAAACACUGACAGAGAGCUGACUACUUUAACAACAAUGAAGGAAACAUACGGCACGGGAGUAAAACUCGAUGAAUUAUCCGCUCUUAACAAACCUGAUAACUAACUUGAUUUGUCCAAUUCAAUUUGUAUAUGCAUUUAUUCUACUGUUAUGUUACAUUUGCAAAUAAACACAUUUACUUUUAUGUUUUGUUUACUAGAGAAGAUACAUUUACAAUUCAUUUUUCCGCCUCUAUAUA